ACACUUCACAAAUCACAAGCCAUUGCUAACCGAAGCUAGCUCAAAGCAAAUCCUUACUAGCACUAGCACACUGUCCUGGACGUACUAGGCUAGGCAUAGGCUUAAUUAGUCUCUAACUAGCUAGGUGGUUAACGUACCAUGGCAGGCCGACCUCUCACUCCCUUCCAACUCAUUGCCAUCCUCUUGCUGGCGCUUCUCGUUACGAGCCACGCCGGCGGAAUCGCCAUAUACUGGGGCCAGAACACGGGAGAAGCAACCCUGUCCGCGACGUGCGCGUCCCGCAAGUACCAGUUCGUCAUCCUCGCCUUCGUUUUCCAGUUCGGCCAGGGCCGGGCGCCGCAGCUGGACCUGUCCGGCCACUGCGACGCCUCGUCAGGCCGCUGCUCCGUCCUGAGCAAUGACAUCCGCUCGUGCCAGCGCCGUGGCGUCAAGGUCCUGCUCUCCAUCGGCGGCGGCGUUGGCAACUACGGCCUGUCGUCAGCCGCGGACGCGCGGCUGGUGGCCGCGUACCUCUGGAAUAGCUACCUCGGCGGCAAGUCGUCGUCACGUCCGCUCGGCGAUGCCGUCCUUGAUGGCAUCGACUUCGACAUCGAGCUCGGCAGCGCCAAGUUCUGGGACAAUCUCGCCAGGGACCUCAAGGACAUGGGCAAGAGUGGCAACAAGGCGGUGCUGCUGAGCGCGGCGCCGCAGUGCCCGUUCCCGGACGAGUGGGACGACGGCGCGAUCAAGACGGGGCUGUUCGACUUCGUUUGGGUGCAGUUCUACAACAACCCGGAGUGCCAGUUCAGCUCGGGGCGCAAGGCCUUCCUGGACGCAUGGAAACAGUGGGAGUCGGUGCCGGCGGGGAAGCUCUACCUCGGACUGCCAGCCUCCAAGGACGCGGCAGGCACCGGGUUCGUGCCCGCGGCCCAGCUCACGUCGCAGGUGCUGCCGCUCAUCAAGGGCUCGCGCAAGUACGGCGGCGUCAUGCUCUGGUCCAAGUUCUACGACGACCGCACGGGAUACAGCUCCGCCAUCAAGAGCCACGUCUGAUAGACUGAUAGGAAAUUGCAAGCGUGCGUGUAAAGCGUCUGUGAGUGCGUGCGGACGCUGCAUGUGGAGUUGUGGUAGAUAGUUUUAUAUUUCAGCAUGUUCGUGUUCGAUCUUGUCUCGAUGUGAACCGUAGCUGGGAGACUGUUAUGCAGUAGUCUAGUAGAGCAAAAGAUCAGCUUUGCAAUUUUCAGUCGCCAUGACGCCAUCCUAGUAGGCCUUUUAUCAACAAAUAAAGUAAAGACCGCUCGUCACUUUUUCUGAUCUAUA